GUCUAGCUGCAAUUUUCGAAUCCUAGUAGCCGAUGGAUCGCCCCAAGGAAGAGGUUGUCAGAUACUCGGGUCUGGCAGGGGGCGCAACGGGCUGCGCAACGCGCACGCUGUGUCAACCGUUCGAUGUGAUCAAAAUACGUCUGCAACUGCAGGUGGAGCCGAUCCAUUCGCGAUCGUCCACAUCCAAGUAUCGUACGAUACCCCAAACCAUCCGGACCGUGUACCAAGAGGAGGGAAUUCUCGCUUUUUGGAAGGGCCACAAUGCGUCGCAGGUCCUAUCGAUGACUCAAGGAGUGGCGCAGUUCACGUUCUACGAGCGGUUCAACAGGGUUCUCCGGAAAAUGACGGUUUUUGAAGGACGCGAUCGUGCAAGGAACUUCGUGUGCGGUGCUUUUAGUGGAUCGUUUUCCACAUUCACGAUUAUGCCGUUGGAUGUGAUCAAGACGCGACUGGUAUCGCAAGAUCCAAACGGAGGCUACAGGAACGCAUUUCACGCGGUGGCCAGCAUCUACCGGUAUGAGGGUUGGCGCGGUCUCUAUCGGGGCGUCGGACCAGCCAUCAUGCAAACGGCUCCACUCACAGGCGGCCAAUUCAUGUUCUACAACCUGUUCGGAGACGUGAUCAAACGGAUCGAAGAAGUACCCCAAGAAGUAUUGCUCGGUUCAACGGAACUGAUGGUUUGCGGUGCUCUGUCCGGAUUGUGCACCAAGUUGAUCGUUUACCCGCUGGAUUUGAUCAAGCGAAGGUUGCAAAUUCAAGGCUUUUCGAAGGGAAGGAAAACGUACGGGAAGCAUUUCGUGUGCAAGCACUUGCUCCAGUGUAUGUAUAGGGUCGUCCGCAAGGAGGGAUUCCUAGGGCUCUACAAGGGUUUGAGUUCUUCGCUGCUGAAGGCCUCCAUUACGUCAGCCAUAUUUUUUACCUUUUACGAUAAGCUGCUGAAUACGUUGAAUAAACACUUCUGA